UGCCAUUGUUUUGUGCCUAUAUGAAACCGUGCAGCAUCAGUGUUUAGCGGAGGAGGAGUGGAUAAAUGCAGUGAUUUAAAGUUUAUUGUUGAGGCUCGUUUCUGUUAAAUGAUUGCCGUAAGUAGGGAAGGGAACAGGACCUGCUUUGCUGUGAGAGGGAGCCUGAUGGAUCCUGCAGGUUGAAAAGUGAAGAGUGAUGUCAGCUCAUACAAUCUGAGAGGCCCUGCAGUGUGACUGUUCUGCUAGAAGUCUUGAGGGCCAUUUAUUUCUGCAACGAAACAGAAGGAUGUGCUUGGUUGCACUUCUCAGCAGCUCUGCAAGCCUGUGGAGAGUGUGGGCUGUCACUGUAUGCAGCAUCCUGGAAAAUGCUCCUUCCCUUGAAGAAGUAAUCUGCUGAAAAGCACGUACUCGUACAAUUGUUCCAGCCUGCCUCACCGCUCUCAACGUCUGAAAUGCCUGCUCUCUAAUACUCCUUGGGGUUUGCAUUUCUUCUGCUGGAGACACACUAUCUGCUGCAGUUAUCCCAGGAACUCUGAAGAGCAAGGACCUUGAAAAUGGCUCUGUGUGCUUUUUUUGCAGUUUGGGGUUUGUUACUAGAUGUGGCAGUAGCGUUUGGCCCGGUGCCAAGGAUCACUUGGGAACACAGAGAGGUCCAGCUAAUACAUUUUCAUGAAUCAGAAGUGUCAAACUAUUCAACCUUGCUGCUAAGUGAAGACAAGGAUGUUCUAUAUGUUGGAGCCAGAGAGGUGAUCUUCGCAUUAAAUGCAGUUAAUAUUGCUGAGAAGCAGCAUGAGUUACACUGGAAGGUCACAGAAGAUAAAAGGGCCAAAUGUGCAGUCAAGGGAAAAUCAGAACAGACAGAGUGUCGCAAUUAUGUGCGUGUCUUGCAGCAGCUGAAUGAUACUUUUCUCUACGUGUGUGGAACUAAUGCAUUUCAGCCAGCAUGUGACUACCUGAACUUGAUUUCGUUUGAACUUGGAGGUAAAACUGAAGAUGGUAAGGGCAGAUGUCCAUUUGAUCCUGCUCAAAGCUACACAUCUGUUAUGGUUGAUGAGGAGCUUUAUUCCGGUACUUCUUACAAUUUCCUGGGAAGCGAACCUAUCAUUUCACGGCACUCUCACCAGAGUCCUCUGAGAACGGAGUAUGCGAUACCUUGGCUUAAUGAGCCCAGUUUUGUUUUUGCUGAUGUAAUAAGAGCAGAGCAAAACAGCACAGAUGGAGAUGAUGACAAGAUAUACUUCUUUUUCACUGAGGUGUCUGUGGAGUAUGAAUUUGUUGGAAAACUGAUGAUUCCAAGAAUUGCUAGAGUGUGCAAGAGGGACCAAGGAGGAUUAAGGACCUUGCAGAAAAAGUGGACAUCCUUUCUUAAGGCCAGAUUGAUUUGUACCAUCCCUGAUAAGAAUUUAAUUUUCAAUAUUAUCAAUGAUGUUUUUAUUCUCAAGUCUCCAACUUUGAAGGAACCAGUGAUAUAUGGAGUCUUCACCCCACAGCUGAAUAAUGUGGGGUUGUCAGCAGUGUGUGCAUACAAUCUGUCCACUGUAGAAGAUGUUUUCUCAAAAGGGAAGUAUAUGCAGAGCGCUACAGUAGAGCAGUCUCAUACAAAGUGGGUACGGUACAACGGCGAAAUUCCUAAUCCUCGACCUGGUGCAUGUAUAAACAAUGAAGCCAGAGCCUCAAAUUAUGUGAGUUCUCUGAAUUUACCAGACAAAACAUUGCAGUUUGUUAAAGAUCAUCCUUUAAUGGAUGACUCGGUGACACCAGUGGGAGACAGACCUCGACUAGUGAAACGAGAUGUGAAGUAUACUCAGAUUGUAGUAGACAGAGUGAGAGCACUCAAUGGGACCAUAUAUGAUGUUAUGUUCAUCAGCACAGAUCGAGGAGCCUUGCACAAGGCUAUCAGUUAUGAAAAUGGAAUGCAUAUCAUUGAAGAAACACAGCUUUUUCCAAAUUUUGAGCCAGUCCAAACUCUCUUACUUUCAUCCAAAAAAGGCAGAAGAUAUCUCUAUGCUGGCUCAAAUUCUGGAGUGGUUCAGUCUCCUCUGGCGUUCUGUGACAAGUACACCACUUGUGUUGACUGUGUUCUAGCAAGGGAUCCUUACUGCGCUUGGAAACCCCUUGAAGCUUCCUGCAUUGAUAUAUUUAAAGAAAGUGAAAUUGAAAGGAACUGGAUUCAGAACAUAGGUGGAGAUGCAUCGUCUUGUUCUGAUAAAGUAAGCGAGAAUUCCCUACAGCAUACUUUCAAGCAUGGGAGCACAGCAGAACUCAAGUGUUCUCAAAAGUCCAAUCUGGCACAGGUAGUUUGGAAGUUCAAAGACGAUGUGCUGAGAGUGGAGAGUCCCAAGUACCGCCUGCUGGAAAAGGCACUACUCAUCUUCAAUUUAUCAGAAGGAGACAGUGGUGUUUAUCAGUGUUUGUCAGAAGAAAAAGUGAAGAAUAAGAAAUUCUCUCAAGUCCUGGCCAAACAUGUUUUGGAACUGAAAAAGAUCCAGCAUACCACGGUGGGCCCCACUGCAGCAGCUGUACCAACAGAAGGUAAUAGUGACGUGCCAAAAGUCUCUGCAGUAUCAGCCGAGGGGUCUACUGCUCAAACCUCAACUACUCAUAUGUUACCAGUAACGACAGCAAGGGUAGUAACAAAGCCCAUUGGCGCUGUCCUAACAAGUGCAGCCUCUAACACAGAGCUCUUCAAUUCAAUUCCUGAUGCAGUCCCAGAAAAGACAAUGUUCCUCAAGUCAAAUGAUAACUUCCUGCUGAUGUUCCUCUUCCUCUUCUUUUUCAUUCUUUUCUUGUGCCUGCUGUCCUACAACUGUUACAAAGGGUACUUGCCAGGGCAGUGCUUGAAAUUCCGCUCUGUCAUGCUGCUCGGUAAGAAGAAAACAAAGUCAGAUUUUUCUGAUUGUGAGCAAAGUGUGAAGGAGACACUGGUGGAGCAGGGCAGCGUCAGCCACCAGAGCGGAGAGCAGCCAAAGCCGGCACAUGACACUGGCUAUGAGACUGAGCCUGACUGUGGGAGCAGCCAGCUGCAGCCUGCAGAUUUGCAGGCAUCCCGAGAGGCCAAGGACAAGCCCUUUGAUGUCAAGUGUGAGCUCAAGUAUGCCGACUCAGACGCAGAGGGAGACUGAAGGACCCAAUCAUCCAUUUCAUUGGUGAAAAUCAGCUGUGGUUCUGUGGCUAGCUAAUUGAGCACAGAGAGUGUGUGUGUGACAGCUGAGCCAUAGUGGGGAUACAUACUUAUGCUGUACAGCAAGCCAAUUUGCAUUCAGAUCUCGCAAGAUUAGAGAAAGUGAUGUUCUUGUCUGCAGACCAUAGCAUCUUGUGGUUUUUUUGUCCCUCCCCCACCCGCCCUUUGUAAAUGGCCAGUUUCAGAUCACCAUUUGUUCGUUCCAGAUUUCCCCCUCAUUAGCACAUCACUCUAGUAAACAGCUACCUGCUUGUUCUUCAGCCCUGUUCUUCCAUAGGAUAAGAGUAACGUUAUGAUUCAGUUGGCUUUAAAAAGUACUUCAGCCUGCACAUAUUUUUAGCUGCCACAAAAAAGGAAAAAAAAAAAAAAAAAAGACCUAGUUUCAUUUUAAUUCCAAAUUGGAAAUUAAGUUUAGUUUAUCAGAUUGGUAAAUUAUAGACUUUUGUCCAGACGGGACAUUUUUUUUUUUUGCCCCCCUUCCUUUGUUUCUAGUGAUUACUGUUACGGUUUGUGUUUGGAACACUAGGUCUCUUUAGUUGGCUAAAGUUAAUUUCUCUUUCUUUUAACGCAUUUUAAGUAAGAUUUUGAGGUAUAAUGGGGAUAGCAUUGGCUUGAUUUGUGUAAGACUCAGGGAUAAUCUUGCGUAAAGGUAUCUUUUCUUUGCUGCUUUCUAGAAGUUUAGGUACAACAGCAUCAGUACAAACCAUGGAGUAACUGGGGAAGAAGGAGGAAAUAAUAAUAAUUUUCCUUUUUUUUUUCUUUUUUUUCCCCCUCCCCAUCCUUUUUUUGGUUUUGUUUUGUUUCCUCCCAUUAAGCAGCAAGCUGGACAAAGUCAUAUUCUAAUUUUCUAUACAAAACUGAUUUUUUUUUUGCCUUUUAGUUUUCUUUCCGUAUUUUGUUUGUUUUGCUCGACAAAACAGUACAGGCAAGCAACUGUCAGCAGUCGCAUGGAGAAAGUUUUUCUGCACUGUGGAAACAAAACCAGAAUCAAGAAGAGCAAACUACGAUGCUUCAGCCAGUGGUUGAUUGGAAUGGACUGUUAGGAUACAGCCUGAUCAGAAGAACUUGCCUUUCAAAAGAAAAAAAGGAUGUAUUUUUUUCCCUUUCAGUUCAGAAACAACUCAGCUUCUUUUUGUGACAAAUCUUUGCGGUGUCACCCAUUCUGGAUGACAACUUCCAAUCUCCUAUGCAACUGGAGACUGAAACUGGAGCUGCUCAAACAAUCAGUUAUUUGAACUGUUUAUGUGAAUCAUGGCUGCAAAGUGAAAAUGUGCAUUUAUUUCUCAGCUUGGUUCACAGCAGCACUGUUUGUCUGUCAAAAAGCGUUUUGUGUGGUACAGUCUGGAAGAAUUGUUCCUCUCACUGCAUCUUUCUGUAAUUAUUGCUAGGAGUAGAAUACAUUUUAACGGUAAACAGCAGCACGCCUCGGUUGCUUCUCUCUUGGACUUUUACACAAAAACAUAAUUUAGACCAUCUUAGUGUAAAGAGGUUAUGUUUUAUAAGAUUCAGUUUGGUUUUAUUUUUCUAUUUUUAAUUAUGUACAUAGAAUAAAUAUUAAAAUAAAUUGUAUUAAAACUUGA